AUGUCUAGUUCAGAACAACGUAAUGUUUAUGAGAUUCAAGAUCUCGAAAACUUAAAGAACGAUGUCGUGGAUAAGAAGAUUGAAUUAUCAGAUGCUUAUUCUUCUGAAGAACCUUACAUUGUGGAAAGCUCUGAGGAAACUCAAUUGUCCUUCUUUUCCAGACUCAUUUCUGGUAUGAACGUCGCAGAGACCAAAGGUAUUGAACCAGUCACUGAUGAUGAAAGAAGUGAUGAUGAUGGUAUUAUUAACGCUGCCUCCAUGUGGUUCUCUGCCAAUAUGGUUAUUGCUGCUCUUUCUACAGGUGCCUUAGGCCCUUUAAUCUAUGGUUUAAAUUUCGGUGCCUCAGCGUUAACUAUCAUUUUCUUCAAUAUACUGGGUUUAUUACCUGUUGCAUAUUUCUCUGUCUUUGGUGUUGAAUUCGGUUUAAGACAAAUGAUUCUUUCUAGAUUUUUAGUUGGUAAUGUAACCGCUAGAAUCUUCGCUUUAAUUAAUGUUAUUGCUUGUAUCGGUUGGGGUAUCGUCAAUACUGUGGCUUCUGCCCAAUUAUUAAAUAUGGUCAACCAAAAUGGGGCCAAUUUACCUCUAUGGGCUGGCUGUCUAGUUAUCAUCGGUGCCACUGUUUUAGUCACUUUUUUCGGUUACAAGAUUAUUCAUUUAUAUCAAAAGUACGCAUGGAUUCCAAAUUUCGCUGUCUUCUUAGUCAUCAUUGCAAGAUUAAAGAUUUCCGGUAAUUUUUCUAAUGGUGCUUGGACUUCAGGUUCUACCACUGCUGGUGAUGUCUUAUCAUUUGGUAGUGUUAUCUUUGGGUUUGCCACUGGUUGGACCACUUACGCAUCAGAUUACACUGUCUACAUGCCAAAGAGUACAAAUAAAUAUAAGAUUUUCUUUUGUUUGGUUGGUGGUUUAGCAUUCCCACUAUUCUUCUGUAUGUUAAUCGGUGCUGCUUGUGCCAUGGGUGCCUUGAACAACGACACUUGGAUGCAAUAUUACGAUAAUAACUCCGUCGGUGGGUUAGUUUACGCCAUCUUAGUUCCAAAUUCUCUACACGGAUUUGGUGAAUUCUGUUGUGUCAUUUUAGGUCUAUCUACUGUUGCUAACAACGUUCCAAACAUGUAUACCAUCGCUUUAUCAUCCCAAGCAAUGUGGGAACCAUUAGCUAAGACUCCAAGAAUCAUUUGGACUCUUGCCGGUAACGCCGCUGCUUUAGCCAUUUCCAUUCCAUGUUGUUACUACUUCGACGAAUUCAUGCAAAAUUUCAUGGAUUCUAUCGGUUACUACUUAGCCAUUUAUUCUUCUAUUGCUCUUUCCGAACAUUUCAUCUGGAGACAUAACAGUUUCAAGAAUUAUAAUACCGAAGACUGGGACAACUGGAGUAAAUUACCUAUCGGUAUUGCUGGUACUGCCGCUUUAAUUGUCGGUGCAUUUGGUGUUGCAUUAGGUAUGUCUCAAACGUACUGGGUCGGCCAAAUUGCCCGUCGUAUCGGUGAAUAUGGUGGUGACAUUGGUUUUGAAUUGGGUGCUGGUUGGGCCUUUGUCAUUUACAACAUAUUAAGACCGAUCGAAAUUAAAUAUUUCGGUCGUUAA